AUGCAGCCAGCGUCCUUGUUCGCCUCCCAGGAUGUCAAGUACUCCUCGGCAUCAAGGGACAGACACGAUGCAAACAAGACCAGUCUUCCGGAGAGAGAGAAUACCAGUACUCUGUUCAAGCAACAAGUCAAAAGACGGGUUGAAAAUUUAAAAUGGAUCACACCAGACCAUGUCUUCAUCGACUCCUCCAAGACCAUCUCGGCGCUCCUCGGGGAGCGGCUGAAGUUGAAGGAGGAGGAGGCGAACGGCAAGGAGGGCAACUUGCUGUCUCCUUUACUCCCGUCCUCCGCCACUGUCAAAGACGCGCUCGUCCUUCUCAACACGCACGAGGAGGUCGUGCUCGUCCUCAACGAAGCAGGAAAGAAGGAGGACGAGGAGGCGGGGAGGAGGGAGAUUGGAGUGAGCAGGAAAGAGCUGCUCUUCUAUCUCCUUGGCCAAUCGGCCAGCAAGAGGGAGGAGCUUCUGUCCAGACCCCUCAGGCAGGUGGUUGAGGUGAAUCUGUUUGCUGAAAGGAAGUCUCCUCCUCCGAGGCUGAGCACAAACUCUCGCGUGUAUGAGGCGAUCGAGGAGCUCCUGCUCUCCAAUGACGAUUAUGUAAGGAUCAUGGACGUUUCCCGCAACCUCCCGCAAACCAUCUCUAGUCUCGACAUCCUACGUUUCAUCUUCCGCGAUCCACCGGCUAACCAGGAGCUCUCGGUCUACCGCUUGAUCCUCUCUGCCGUUGCCUCCUCACUAACUCAUACCCUCUCCCUCUCCUCCCUCUCGUCUCUGAUCGCCUCCUCUCCUCAGCGGAUUCAGGCCAGGGCACUGGAGCUGACGGCGGAGGAGCAGCAGCGCGUGCCACGCAUCUUCUACUUCAUGCUCACCAUCUCCUUCUUCCUCUUCCUCAUCGGCACGGGCGCAGGGGCCUGGCUGAUCGGCUGCCAGGGCGUCUGGAGGGACGUGGCAGAGUGCCAGGGAGACGCGAAGCUGAUCUUGUCCAUCAUCUGCCUCGCCUGCCUCGCCCUCAGCUGGAUCCUGAUCUUCGUCUACCUCCUGGUGUACGUCGGCAGGAGAAGCCCUUCCGUCCUGCUGUCUAGCAGAAGCCCAGGAGCGGUAGCGCAGGGGAGGAGGGAGGAGGAGAUCCGCUACGACUACCCCCCGAAGAGCAAGUUCUCGAUCAUCAACGAGAGACCUGCGGAGACUGCACAGGAGCAACCGCGGUUUCGAACUGGUAUCUAA